AUGAAAUGUGAGCUAGCUAUCAACGAGCUCCCUUCGAAACUGCGAAACAUGAUCUUCGAGUACGCCAUGUAUCAUGAAACCAUCAACCUACACCAGAAAUACCACAAGCAGACAGGCAUCGCCGCAUCUGAGCCACGCCAUAGUGAACCUCUGCUCUUUGUCUGCCGCCAGAUCACGUCGGAGGUGGCCUUACUACCAUACAAACUCAACGUUUUCUCCAUCAAUUUCCAUCGCUAUGCCGAUCUCGGCGACUUUCUGAACCAGCGAACGCCAGAUCAACUUGAUCUCAUGGUCAAAGUGAUGUGCAAGCUCAGUAAUCACGGCCAUCAAGUGCACGUAGCAUCUGCUGCCAAAUGGAUGGCGUAUCUCAAGGAAAUGCUGGAGAAGGAGACUUGA